AUGGGCCGUUUAACCCCAACUCGAUCACAGUAUGGCGGGUGCGGAGGAGUGAUACGGAAUAACCAAGGGACCUUCAUUUUUGGAUUCACUCUUGGUCAGGUAAUUGGAAUGGACUGUUUAAGUGCAGAAUUAUGGGCACUUUUAAUGGGCACCAAGCAUGCAUGGCGCUUGAGACUACGUCAAAUAAUGAUUGCAACUGAUUCACAAGAUGCAGUGGACCUCGUGAAGAAUGGAGAUCUCCAUCAACUCGUAAGCGCCUCUAAGUCAAAAAUGAAGAGCCAAGGAGAGCGUGUCAGGUAUGCUUUGAAGCCUUCAGACUCUGCCUUUGAUUUACUUCGGACUCUGCAGUUGAGCAGGGAGAUGAGCGAGGGGCCCAGGUUAGUAGGGCCCACCUUGGAAUCUGAGGUGUCGGUGAAGCUUAGGUACUAG